UAAAAUUUUCUCAGACCAUAUCCACAAUUGACUCCUCAGGACCCCUGAACUUUUUGAAAUGACAAAGUUUACCCACAAUCUCACGGCCCUUUAAUUUCGGACUUCCAUCUCCGAUUAUCCAAGUUGUUAGUGCGAGCAUGGCGUCUCUAACAGCCACCGGAUUGACAAAAACUCCAACACCCUCUCAAAACAUCGGAGGUAAAACCCACCAAUACCCACAGUUCCUGUCUCCAAAACAACUCGGUUUAACUUGUCAAAAAACGAUCUUCUUGAAAACGGCCAUUAACGCUUCGAACCCCUCAUCCGCACCCACUGGCUCUUCUUCGCCGGGACUCUAUUCUGCUCAGACUUUUGAACUCACUGCUCGAAACGUUGACUUGGUUCUCGAGGACGCCCGGCCUUAUCUCAUUGCUGAUGGCGGGAACGUCGACGUUGUUUCAGUCGAAGAAGGUGUCGUUUCUCUCAAACUCCAAGGAGCUUGCGGGAGCUGUCCCAGCUCGACAACUACCAUGAAGAUGGGGAUUGAACGUGUGCUGAAGGAAAAGUUUGGGGAUGCAGUCAAGGAUAUUCGGCAAGUGGAGGAGGAGGAACAAAAGGAGACAACUGCUGAGGCGGUGAAUGGCCAUCUUGACAUUUUGAGACCAGCAAUAAAGAACUACGGUGGAAGUGUGCAAGUAUUAUCUGUUGAAGGCGGGGAUUGCUUUGUGAAAUAUUUGGGGCCCGAGUCGAUUGGAUCAGGAAUCAAAGCUGCAAUCAAGGAGAGGUUCCCAGAUAUUCAGAAUGUUGUUUUUACACAAUAGGUUGCUCUCUCAUGCAUGUAGACGUCUUAUAUCUAGAUAAUACCUUGUAAGAUUCACAAUAUACAGUUGAUCAACAUCAUUUAUUUCUCGGUUGAUGAAAGAUUGGUUAUAAAAUAUUUAGAUGAUUCUUCAA